AUUGGCUGCAUUAAGGUUUGACGAGGAAGUUACACCGUCAGUCCUGAGUCGCGGAUAUAGUGGUUGGGGAAACAGGGUGGCAAUCGAAAGCGAAAGCUGUGAAAAAUGCCUUACGUCCUUAUUAGUACUCAGAUCCGACUGGAAACCGGACCCACAAUUGUGGGAGACGAGAACUCGGAUGUGACUAUUAUGAACUAUCUUGGAGCUGAGAAAACCACUAUAUUAGGAAAUAACUUCUCAGAAUAUCGAGUGAUACACGCUCCACGGAUAGUGCUGGACAAGCUGGAAGAUCUUGGUUACCGUGUAGUCACCAUGACAGGUGUGGGGCAGACCUUAGUCUGGUGUUUACACAAAGCCUUGGAUGAAUGAAACCAUAUCACUGCCCCAAUAUGAUAGAUGGAUUAUUUGCAUUUGAAGGGACAACUGAACUCUCACUCAUGUUGUUCAGGGACUAACGUUCAGAAACAUUUUAUUAAAAAUAUUCAAAGUCAGGAUUUACCGAUAGAUCCAUUCCUUUUAUUUCUCCCCUCCUUGUCAUAGUUGUUCUCUUCUGCUUGCCGGCAUGCAAUCAGGUGCUCUAGAACCUCCCUCAUUCAUGAGUCUAGAUGGUGAAUGCCAGUAGGAGUGUUGCUAUUGUGGAUAUUUAGAAGCAUCACUACUAUUCUCCAAUGCUCGUGCAUAUAGACCACUGGUUUGUGAGAGGGAACAGUGUUUGAGCCCAAUUCCUUGUCCUCCACCCACAUCUGCCAGCUAUUGGCUGCUGCACCUACCAGGUCAGUAACUAAUCACAAGGCAUCCAAUUCAUUCUUAUCAGACUUAAAGGUAAAAUUAAGAUUCCCACCAUGUGCUGAACUAUUCAAUUUGAAAACCGGUGCAAUAUUAAUAAGGAGACUCCAACUGGCGGAUUGUGAUGCUUGGUAUAUUAAUGGAAUAUAAGUCUCUCACCAGCCUUUCAUUGACAUAACUAUCCCAGUGUCUUACUGUAAAAGUAUAGUGAAUUACUCCAUGGAUUUAUUGACCAAAGCAUAGGAUAGAACACAAACAAGAGUUUUCACUCCUAAUCACAAGCAACAGUGGGAGUGUAGGAGAUGAAUAGACUGCCUUUGACUGUUUAAAUACAGUGUGUCAUAAUUAAUGCAUUUUUCAAAAUGAUGUAAGAAUGUGAAUUUAAUUUUCCCUUGGGUGUAUACUGUCCAAUUACACAUUGGAAUAAUGGACACUUCAGUGAAUGUCUACUAAAUGAUUCCCUUACCUACCAGUGUUGCCCAUUACUGGGUUUGAGCAUGAUAUUUGAUCCAAACAUCUAAAAAUUAGAUUGCUAAAAAGCUUGAUUUCAAAUUUCAUGUAUCAGGGGACUGACAGUGACAUGCUUAAAUAAAAGCUUGAAUUGUUUUCAUUGGAA